AUGGGCAUGAAACACUCCUCCCGCUGCCUGCUCCUAAGGAGGAAAAUGGCGGAGAACGCUGCCGAGAACACCGAGGUGAGCAGCCCCCCAUCUCAGCCCCCGCAGCCUGUUGUCCCACCCAAGCCUGUGCAAUGUGUCCAUCAUGUGUCUACCCAACCCAGCUGCCCGGGUCGGGGCAAGAUGUCCAAGCUGCUGAACCCAGAAGAGAUGACUUCGAGAGAUUAUUAUUUCGACUCCUAUGCCCACUUUGGGAUCCACGAGGAAAUGCUGAAGGACGAGGUGCGAACACUCACUUACCGGAACUCCAUGUACCACAACAAGCAUGUGUUCAAGGACAAAGUGGUGCUGGAUGUUGGGAGUGGCACUGGGAUCCUUUCCAUGUUUGCUGCCAAAGCCGGGGCCAAGAAGGUGUUUGGGAUUGAAUGCUCCAGUAUUUCUGACUACUCAGAGAAGAUCAUUAAGGCCAACCACUUGGACAACAUCAUCACCAUAUUUAAGGGUAAAGUGGAGGAGGUGGAGCUGCCUGUGGAGAAGGUGGACAUCAUCAUCAGUGAGUGGAUGGGUUACUGUCUAUUCUAUGAGUCAAUGCUCAACACAGUGAUCUUCGCCAGGGACAAGUGGCUGAAACCUGGAGGGCUUAUGUUUCCAGACCGGGCAGCUUUGUACGUGGUAGCAAUUGAAGACAGACAGUACAAGGACUUCAAAAUCCACUGGUGGGAGAACGUCUAUGGCUUUGACAUGACCUGUAUCCGAGAUGUUGCCAUGAAGGAGCCUCUGGUGGAUAUCGUGGACCCAAAGCAAGUGGUGACCAAUGCCUGUUUAAUAAAGGAGGUGGACAUUUACACGGUGAAGACAGAAGAGCUAUCAUUCACAUCUGCAUUCUGCCUGCAGAUACAACGCAAUGACUAUGUCCAUGCCCUGGUCACCUAUUUUAAUAUUGAAUUUACCAAGUGCCACAAGAAAAUGGGGUUUUCCACAGCCCCUGAUGCCCCCUACACCCACUGGAAACAGACUGUCUUCUACUUGGAAGAUUACCUCACUGUCCGGAGAGGCGAAGAAAUCUACGGGACCAUAUCCAUGAAGCCAAAUGCCAAAAACGUGCGAGACCUCGAUUUCACAGUAGACUUGGAUUUUAAGGGACAGCUGUGUGAAACAUCUGUAUCUAAUGACUACAAAAUGCGUUAGCAUAUGUGGGAAGCUGCAGAAAGCGAGCAAGAAAAGAAACUCUCACCUCGGUUGGCUGCACUUGUACCAAGGGAAACUGUUUGCAGGACUACAUGCUUGAAACCUGGAGUUAUAAACUCUGCCUGGAAGAUUGGUGAACUCAUCAGGGCUCCUGUGGGCCCUACCUCUGGACAGAGAACCUCUGGCUCCUGAGCUCUGCUUGGGGAGCCCUACACAAAGGCUUCGUUGUCACCAACAAUGAACAACCUUGAGUGCUGUGGCUGGUUCCCCAAGGAUGGAAAAGUACACAUGUAUACCCAUUGUCCUC